AUGGAGAAUAGUACAGAGGUGACUGAGUUCAUUCUCACAGGGUUAACAGAUAACCCAGAGCUCCAGAUACCACUGUUCAUUGUCUUCCUUCUUAUUUAUUUCAGCACUGUGCUUGGGAACCUGGGAAUGGUAGGGUUGAUUCUGUUGGACUCACACCUCCACACUCCCAUGUACCUUUUCCUCAGUCACCUAUCUCUUGUGGACUUUGGUUAUUCUUCAGCUGUUACUCCCAAUGUAAUGGCAGGUCUCCUUUCAAUAGACAAAACCAUAUCCCAUAAUUCUUGUGGCACACAGUUCUUCUUCUUUGUGGGAUUUAUAACUACAGAAAGCUUCCUCUUGGCUGUGAUGGCUUAUGACCGUUAUGCAGCAGUGUGUAAGCCUCUGCAUUAUGCUACCACCAUGACUACAAACACAUGUGCUUGUCUAACCAUAGGCUCCUAUGUCUGUGGCUUCCUCAAUUCCUCUAUCCAUACUGGGAACAUUUUCAGGCUCUCCUUCUGCAAGUUCAAUGUGAUAGAUCACUUUUUCUGUGAUGCUCCACCUCUCCUGGCCCUCUCAUGCUCAGACACUACUGUCAGUGAGACAGUGAUUUUCUUUGUAGUGGGUUUUAAUGCUCUUUUUUCUAUUGUGGUCAUCAUGAUCUCCUACCUGUUUAUAUUCAUCACUAUUCUGAGGAUGCGUUCAUCUGAAGGACGCCAGAAGGCCUUUUCCACCUGUGCUUCCCACCUCACUGCAGUCUCCAUCUUCUAUGGAACCGUCAUCUUCAUGUAUUUACAACCUAGCUCCAGUCACACCAUGGGCACUGACAAGAUGGCAUCUGUAUUCUACACCAUGAUCAUUCCCAUGCUCAACCCGUUGGUCUACAGCUUGAGGAACAAGGAGGUUAAGGGUGCAUUCAAAAGAGCUGUAGGGAAUGCAAAAUUUGUCAUAACAUUCAUAUUUUAG